ACAAACAACCGGAGAAAGAACAAACAACGUUAAAUGCUCUUAAGGGCGCGGUGGGCGAUAGGACAGUCAAGACUCGCACAUCAAGUACAAAUUGCCCGUCAUACUGGUCUGGUGUGAGAGUAAAUGGCAAAAAUGUACAUUCAACGCCAUGUGCCACGCAUAAAGGUGCUAUAAGUACGCAGGGAGCUCACAGUAGCAAGAAAACACAAGUCACCGACCGUGACCUUAGGAAUUCCCAGUUCAAUAACAGCUGCUGCAACAACAACAACUACUACUACAUCGUCAUUCGCAGUUCGACCUUGAAGAACUUUCAGGCUCACGUCUGUGUUACCGCGCGAAUGGGUGACACUUGGCAGUUGUUUGCAUUACUGGCUACAUUAUGUUCGAUUACGGAAUCUUCCAAAGUCGUCGUACUCACAAGGGAAAAUAUUACUUCAUUCCGCCAUCGGAAUCCACUAUUUAUGCUCCUUUUUUCAGUAGAUUGGUGUACGCAUUGCAUCGAUAUGUGGCCGGAGUACGAACUGGCCGCAGAAGAAUUGGUCAAACAUAGUCCCCCGAUACCACUGGCUAAAGUGAAUGGGAUGACAGAGGAAAGUUUGGUGAAAGAUUUCAAUGUCAACUCUUAUCCCUCCAUAUUCAUCAUGUCCAGGGAAAUUGUCCAUACAUACAAAGGUCUAUAUCGUGCCAAAG